UUCGCAGCUGACACGAAAGCUGUUGCCCAACUGUACCCAAAAGGAAAAGGCUUGAGCAAGGAGACACUGCAGCAGUUGGCGCUUGUUGAACACAUGAGGGCCACGGAUAUCGAACUAAAAAUGUCCAAGGAAACUGGUGAUAGUAUGCGCAGGGAAAUCGAGCACUUUGAUGAUGUCCCAGUGCUGGAAUCCCACACGGGUCGCGAGUUCCAACGCUACGAUGACCAAGACCGUCGUUUUCUGUCGUGCAUUGUGGCCUCCAGAGCCGACGGGGAAGGUGAAGGCGAAGUUCUUCUCAUUUCGAGCUCAAACCCAGGCAAAAGAGACUGGGUGUUGCCUAAGGGAGGCUGGGACCACGGCGAGACCGUUGAGACGGCUGCGUGGCGCGAGCUCAUCGAAGAAGGAGGGGUGGAGGGAAGCGUUCGGUUUUACUUGAAUCCUAUUACUGAGGGCGACAAGGUCUACUAUCCUUUCAGGAUGGACGCGACGACGGUGUACGACCAGUGGGCUGAAAGCAUGCGCUACCGCAUCUGGGUUUCCUACGCCGACGCGGAAAAACUGCUUUCGAAACGUCCUGAAAUGCUUAAAGUGUUGAGGACUGUGCGCAGUGCAGAGGAGUAA